CGCGCUUGCGCAGUGGCGCUUCUAUUGAGCAGUAAGAGCAGCCGGGGCGGGGAGUCGGAGCCAGACGGGAGGGACAGCAGCGAUGCGCCGGGGCCUGGAGCGGCGGAACAGCCGGCAGCCUUAGUGUGAGAAGCGGCCUCCCCGGCACCCACACAGCACAGCCUCCCCCAGGGCACGGAGCAGAACUAUGUACCUCUGGACCAGUGACUUAGGGUUACAGUGCCUCUCGCCCUGCUCGCUGCAGGUUUAACUUGGCCUUUUUAUAUCCGGGCAGCUGCUCGGCAGACACAUGCCGGAUUGUUCUCAUUCCCAGGAUUGUAUCUCUGAAGGCCGAACCCUCGUCAGCUUUUUGGCAACAAGAGGAGCCCGGCUUGGCGCAUUCACUCGAAUCAUUGGUGACCUUGUGCCCCCUACGGUGCCCCCUUUCCUAGGCCCAGAGCUAUGGAGCAGGGAAUGGACUACUGGCUGGGGCAGAUACAGCAGAAGGAUGUGGGCAAGAGGCUGCAGGUUGGACCGGACCUGAUGGAAUACCUGUCGGACAGACAGAAGUCCAUAGACCUGGAGCAGGACCAGACUGUGCUGGAUAGAAUGGUCGAUGGACUUGCCACUUCCUGGGUGAAUUCUAGUAAUUAUAAGGUGGCCCUGCUGGGCAUGGACAUUCUGUCGGCGCUGGUGACCCGACUGCAGGAUCGAUUCAGAUCACAGAUUGGCACAGUGCUGCCCAGUUUAAUGGACCGGUUAGGGGAUGCCAAGGACUCGGUGCGGGAGCAGGACCAGAACCUGCUGAUAAAGAUAAUGGAACAAGCCUCCAACCCACAGUACGUGUGGGAACGGAUGUUUUCGGGAUUCAAACACAAGAAUUUCCGCACGCGGGAAGGAGUCUGCCUCUGCCUUAUUGCCACCCUCAAUGUGUACGGAGCCCACAGUCUGACACUCAGUAAGAUUGUACCGCAUAUCUGUAACCUACUGGGGGAUCCCAAUAGCCAGGUCCGAGAUGCUGCAAUAAACUGCCUCGUAGAGAUCUACAGACACGUAGGGGAACGCGUCCGAGCGGAUCUCAGCAAGAAAGGGCUGCCCCAAUCACGACUGAAUGUCAUUUUCACCAAAUUCGAUGAGGUGCAGAAAUCGGGGACCAUGAUUCUCUCCUCUGCCGAUAAAAACUUUGAUGAUGAAGAUUCCGUCGAUGGCAACCGACCCUCAUCGGCCAGUUCUUCUGCCUCCUCUAAAGCCCCUCAAGCUGCCCGCAGGGGGGUGAGUCUGGGCACCGCCCGCCGGCCUGGAACCUCGAGUGCCGCGCCCAAGCCGGGAGGAACCGCCAAGGAGGGAGCGGGGGGAGUGGAUGAGGAGGAUUUUAUCCGAGGGUUUGAAGAUGUUCCGACUGUCCAGAUCUACUCCAGCCGAGACCUGGAAGAAUCUCUGAACAAGAUCCGCGAGAUCCUCUCUGAUGAUAAACACGACUGGGAGCAGCGAAUCAGCGCUCUGAAGAAGAUCCGGUCGUUGCUGUUAGCGGGGGCAGCAGAAUAUGACACUUUCUUCCCGCAGCUCCGCCUCCUCGAUGGAGCCUUUAAACUGUCGGCCAAGGACUUGCGCUCCCAGGUUGUGCGGGAGGCCUGUAUCACCCUGGGGCACCUCUCCUCAGUGCUGGGGAACAAGUUUGACCAUGGGGCAGAAGCGAUCAUGCCAACGGUCUUCAACCUGGUCCCCAACAGUGCCAAAAUCAUGGCCACCUCCGGCGUCGUAGCCAUCCGGCUAAUCAUACGUCAAACGCACGUCCCAAGGUUGAUCCCCAUCAUCACCAGUAACUGCACCUCCAAGUCCGUCGCCGUUAGAAGGCGCUGCUAUGAGUUUUUGGAUCUGCUGCUACAGGAAUGGCAAACGCACUCGCUGGAAAGGCAUGUAUCGGUGUUAGCGGAGACCAUCAAGAAGGGGAUACAUGAUGCGGAUUCAGAAGCAAGGAUCGUCGCAAGGAAGUGCUACUGGGGGUUCCACAGCCAUUUCAGUAAGGAGGCAGAGCAGCUGUUCCACACGUUGGAGUCUUCCUACCAGAAAGCCCUGCAGUCCCAUCUGAAGAACUCGGACAGUAUCGUGUCUCUGCCCCAGUCGGACCGGUCCUCCUCCAGCUCCCAGGAGAGCCUCAACCGCCCACUCUCGGCCAAAAGAAGCCCCACGGGCAGCACUGUGUCUAGAGCCUCAACAGCUACUUCCAAAUCCACCCCCGGCUCCCUGCAGCGCUCCCGUAGCGACAUCGAUGUGAAUGCCGCCACCUGCGCUAAAUCCAAGGCAACGUCCGGAGCCUCCGCUGCCCCCUUCAGCUCUGUCGCCGCCCUGCCGCCCGGAUCCUACGCCUCCCUGGGUCGCAUUCGCACCAGAAGACAGAGUUCCGGCAGCACCACCAGCACGGCCUCCACCCCAGCAGACACCCGCGGGCGCAGCCGAGCCAAAGUCGUGUCGCAGUCACAGCCCGGCAGCCGGUCCAGCUCGCCAGGGAAGCUCCUGGGAAGUGGCUAUGGGGGGAUAGCGAGCGGCCCCCAACGGGUCCCCCAGAUGCCCUCCUCUGAGAAGAGAAGCAAGAUCCCCCGCAGCCAGGGGUGCAGCAGGGAGACCAGCCCAAGCAGGAUUGGCUUAGAUCGCUUUGGGAUCAGCCAACCAGGGAGGAUCCCCUCGGCAAUGCGCGUCCUGAGUUCCAGCACAGACCUGGAGGCGGCCGUGGCAGAUGCGCUGAAGAAGCCGGUGCGCCGGCGCUAUGAGCCCUACGGAAUGUACUCGGAUGACGAUGCCAACAGCGACGCGUCGAGCGCCUGCUCGGAGAGGUCCUACAGCUCCAAGAAUGGCGGCAUCCCGCACUACCUGCGCCAAACGGAGGAUGUGGCCGAGGUGCUGAAUCACUGCGCCAGCUCCAAUUGGUCUGAGAGGAAGGAGGGGCUCAUUGGGCUGCAGAACCUGCUCAAGAGCCAAAGGACACUCAGCCGCGUGGAACUGAAACGGCUCUGCGAGAUCUUCACCCGGAUGUUUGCGGAUCCUCACAGCAAGAGAGUGUUCAGCAUGUUCCUGGAGACCCUCGUUGACUUUGUCAUAAUUCACAAGGACGACCUGCAGGACUGGCUCUUCAUCCUCCUCACUCAGUUACUAAAGAAAAUGGGCGCCGACCUGCUGGGCUCCGUGCAGGCCAAAGUGCAGAAGGCGCUGGAUGUGACCAGGGAUUCCUUCCCCUUUGACCAACAGUUCAACAUCCUGAUGAGAUUCAUUGUGGAUCAGACCCAGACUCCCAACCUCAAGGUGAAAGUCGCGAUACUGAAGUACAUCGAGUCCCUCGCCCGACAGAUGGACCCAACGGACUUUGUCAACUCCAGUGAGACCCGCCUGGCUGUGUCCAGAAUCAUCACUUGGACGACUGAGCCGAAGAGUUCUGAUGUCAGGAAGGCGGCACAGGUGGUCUUAAUCUCUCUGUUUGAGCUGAACACCCCCGAGUUCACCAUGUUACUGGGGGCCCUGCCCAAAACCUUCCAGGAUGGGGCCACAAAGCUCCUGCAUAACCACCUGAAGAACUCCAGCAACAGCAGCAUGGGAUCCCCGAGCAACACCAUUGGCCGAACUCCUUCCAGGCACUCGAGUAGCCGCGCCAGCCCCCUCACAUCUCCCACCAAUUGCUCCCACGGCGGCCUCUCCCCCAGCAUGCUGGAUUACGACACUGAAAACCUGAAUUCGGAUGAGAUUUACAGCUCCCUGCGGGGGGUGACGGAGGCCAUCGAGAAGUUCAGUUUCCGCAGCCAAGUGGAUCUCAAUGAGCCUGUGAGGCGGGAGGGCAAGAAGGAGAGUGAGCUGGGCUCCUGUGAUGUGGGUAUCGCCUCUCCGGCCAGCGAUCUCCGGGGGGGCACAGACAUGGUGGAAGGGGGACGGAUGGCGCUGGAUAACAAGACCUCUCUGCUGAACACCCAGCCGCCCCGGGCAUUCACUGGCCCCCGCGGGCGCGAGUACAACCCCUACGCCUACUCCGACUCCAUUAACAGCUACGACAAAACGGCGCUAAAGGAGGCGGUGUUUGACGACGACAUGGACCAGCUGCGCGACGUGCCCAUAGACCACUCAGACCUGGUGGCCGACCUCCUGAAGGAACUGUCCAAUCACAACGAGCGGGUGGAGGAGCGCAAGGGGGCCCUCUGUGAGCUGCUGAAGAUCACGAGGGAAGACAGCCUGGCCGUAUGGGAGGAACAUUUCAAGACCAUUCUGCUGCUCCUGCUGGAAACACUGGGGGACAAAGAUCAUGCCAUUCGCGCCUUGGCACUGCGGGUACUGAGAGAGAUCCUGCGGAACCAGCCGGCCCGGUUUAAGAAUUACGCGGAGCUGACCAUUAUGAAGACGCUGGAAGCCCAUAAAGACUCACAUAAAGAGGUCGUCAGAGCCGCAGAGGAAGCAGCAUCAACCCUGGCCGGGUCCAUCCACCCCGAGCAGUGCAUCAAGGUCCUGUGCCCCAUCAUCCAAACUGCCGACUACCCCAUCAACCUCGCUGCCAUCAAAAUGCAAACAAAAGUCAUUGAGAGGAUUUCCAAGGAGUCUCUACACCAGAUCCUCCCGGAUAUCAUUCCAGGCUUGUUACAGUA